AUGAUUGAAAAAGUUGCGCAAUUAUCUCAAUUCAAACGAAUUCUGAGGGAUUUUCCUCAGGGUAUGAAGUAUUGCUUUGCUUACGGUUCUGGAGCUUUAAAGCAAACGAGUGAACCUUCUAGUAAUAUGUUGGAUUUAAUAUUUGUCGUUCGUAAUCCAAAUCGAUGGCAUGGAGAGAAUCUUCGACGAAAUCCAACACAUUAUGCACAACCUCUACGACUAUUGGGCUAUAAGGCAAUUAGUCGAUUACAAGAGACUUGGGGCGCUAAAGUCUACUACAAUACUCUAGUGAAAACUUCCGAAGGUCGAAUUAUUAAAUAUGGAGUAAUUUCGGAAAUUUCAUUGGUGGAGGAUUUAUUGGAUUGGAAUUUUCUUUAUUUAUCAGGAAGAUUGCAUAAACCGGUUCUAAAGCUCAUUGAGGCAGAGGAAACAUCCGAUUUACAUACGGCUGUUAUGCAAAAUUUACAUUCGGCUGUUCAUGCCGCUUUACUUUUACUUCCAGAACAUUUUUCUGAAAUUGAAUUUUACAAAACAAUCGUUGGUCUGGAACUCUAUUCGCCGAUAUUGAGGUUCUUUGAUAAAUAUGUUGAGAUUCCAUUGUCUGAUGAUGAUCCAACGAUGUGUAGACAGGAUACGGGACCAGCCACGCGGAUACAUCAUUUGAAUCAAUUGCCGCGAACUCCGCAGAGAAUGUUAGUUAGAGCCUGGUCCCAAGGGCCGAGGGUCAAAGAUUCGGAGGAUUGUCUACGUGCUUUGGCACACGAUCCAGAUUGUAGUGAAAUUGUCGACAGUUGUUUUCGACGAAUUGUUUGGAAUUCGAGUAUUUCGCAGAGUUUAAAGGGAAUUUUAACGGCUGGCGUUUAUAAAUCAUUGAAGUACAGUGGGGCUAAGAUUGUUAAAAUGAUGUCAACACAGGAACAAAAGAUUCAAAAAAUACAAGUUCCUGCAAUUGCUAGCGCUGAAUCGGAUGAUGUUAAAAGUGCAGUCGAUUCAGUUCCCAAGGAGAAAGGGGUGAAAAAAGUGGAGAAAGAUUUGGAGAAAAAGAGCGCAACAAAACACGUAGAAGAGUAA